AUGCAUAUUGUCCUUGAUCUGCACUGUAACACGAACCCAACCAUCGACAAUUGUAAGAUUCCAUACGAAGUAUAUUCAGUUUCGAAAAAGGACAGUAAAUUCGAAUUCGAACAACUUGAUAGCAAAGCAUGCGACCUUGCUCGCGAGCGCUGCAAAAGGGUUGGUUGGGGUACUGACCGAACUCAAUCUGAUGAAUUGGACGGCGUCCUUGCAUCGCAUGUGGGGCAUGUGCCUUCUACAUCCGUAUCUUGA